AUGUCGCUGUGGAUCCUCGUCCUCUUCGCGCAUCUCGUCCUAGCCCAGGGGCCGGGCGGCGCGUUCGGUCCCGGGCCAGCCAUCAUAUCCAGCGGCCAGCUCACGCCAGUGGCGAGCCCUACGAAUAGCCCUACGACGCCGGCCGGCACGACGACGACGACACCCGUGUCCACUGCUGUACCGUCGGCUUCGGUUGCGCCUGGUACCCCCGUUCCGGGCCAAGGAGUCUACCCACCCCCGCAGUGGUGGUGUGCCGACGGCGCGCCGUACUGCCCCGGUCCGCUCCUCCAGGAUGUGCAGCUCGCGCGCGUCUUCCCAGACAGCAAGACGUUUGUCGACAAGCCCACGCUCCACGCGCUCAACGACACCCUCGCGGCGUGGAACGCGAUCGGUGGCAACGUGACUGUCGGCGCGGUCGAGACGUUCGUGGCGGACAACUUCAAGGGCGAGGGCCUCGAGCUCGAACAGGUCGCGAUUCAAGGCUUCAACCCCACGCCUGCAAUCCUCAACAACGUGUCUGACCCCAUCUAUCGCGCCUUCGUGUCCACAGUGCACAGCUACUGGGAGCUGCUUAUCCGGCAGACGAACGAGUCGGCGCUGUGCCAGGCGGGCGCGGGCGCGUGCGCCUCGUCCCUCAUCCCGCUCAACCACACCAUCGUCGUGCCCGGCGGGCGCUAUCGCGAGCUGUACUACUGGGACAGCUUCUGGAUCAUCACUGGCCUCCUCGAGUCCGAGCUGUACGGGUACGCGUGGAACCUGCUCCAGAACUUUAUGGACCUGAUCGAGGUGUACGGCUUCCUGCCCAACGGCGGGCGCAAGUACUACCUCAACCGGUCCCAGCCGCCCGUGUUCACGCAGAUGGUCGACGCGUACGUCAAGGUGACGGGCAAUGUGACUGUGCUGCAGAGGGCGCUGCCGCUCCUCGAGCGCGAGCUCAAGUGGUUCAGGACGAACCGCACGAUCGAGGUCACCUCGCCUUGGACCAACAAGACGCACCGCGUUGCGCACUACAACGUGAACAACUCGGCGCCCAGGCCAGAGGGCUACGUUGAAGACUGGACGACGGCGUUUGGCGCUUCCCCGCCGCUCAACGAGUCGCAGCGUAGCGAGCUCUACGCCGAGCUGGCUACCGGCGCCGAGUCGGGCUGGGACUACUCGUCCCGAUGGUGCAAGCAGCCACUGUUAAACGUCAGCGACAAUAACCAGGCCCUGAGGACGCUCAAUAUCCGCGCCAUCGUGCCCGUCGACCUUAAUGCGCUGUUGGCUGGCAACCACCAGCUUCUUGCGAAUCUGUAUACAGUCUACGGGGCCACUCUGGAGUCCAAGCCAGGCAAUGCGACCAACCAGACCCUCGCCAAGCGCCAAGCCAACGACACGGCCAGCGUCAACCCUACCAAUACCACCAACCCGUACGGCGCGAGGAUCGAGCACCACCUCCACAUGGCGGCGAGCUACAAGGCUGCAGUGCUCGACCUGCACUGGGACCCAACCAAGGCCUUCUUCUACGACUUCAACACGACGUCCGACGCCCGCUCGCCCGUGUACUCGAUGGCGGGGUGGUGGCCGCUGUGGCAGAACAUCACUCCGCCGGAAGUCACCCGCGGCAACGAGACCGCCGCGCUCGGCAUCGUCAGCGGGACACGUUACCUUCUGGGGCAGUACGCCGGGGUACCCAGCGUUGCGACGCUGCUGUACACCGGGCUCAACUGGGACUUUCCCAACGCGUGGCCUCCGCACCUGUACACGACGAUCAAGGCGUUCGAGACGCUCAGCCGGGUGCUCCCGAACGCGAGUGUCCUGGCCAACCUCACGAUCCCGUACAGCGGCGUCACGUCUGGCCAGCUCGGCGUCAACGAGUCAGAGAUCCAGCCCCAGCCCGCCACCGUCGUCGGCAACUCGUCCCUCUCGGUCCAAGCUUCGCGCAACGCAUCGUGGCCGCGCGCCCUGGCAAUCGAGUAUGCGAACCGAUACCUUGCGGCAGCCUUCUGCUCAUGGUACUCGACGGGAGGGAGUCUCCCGGGCGUGCUGGCCCAGCUGCCCCUCGCGGACCUGAACGCGACGGGAACCUACACGGCCGGGACGACCGGCAAGAUGUUUGAAAAGUUCAACGUCACCGACCCGGACGCCGCAGGCGGUGGUGGAGAGUACACUGUCGUGACGGGAUUCGGGUGGACGAACGGCGUGGUCCUGUGGGCUGCGGCAGCGUACGGGCGGUACAUUGGCCCUCCGUCGUGUCCCCUCAUUCCUAUUCUCGGCGCUACCAAUUCGACCAAUUCGACCGGCACCCCGGGCAACAGCACCAGCACCAACAGCACUGCCACAUUCCCGCAGCACAAGUUUUACGGUUUCCGUGUUCCGCGUGCUCUGCGCUCGUGA